AUAUUUUUAUUUUAGUUUUAAUUCCUUCAAAACGAAAAUAUUCUUAGUUAUAACCAAUAGCAUAAUUUCAACAACCUUAGACCCUGCCGGAAAACCAGAUUCGUUAUACGCUCCGUCAGGCCCCCCCCCGCCUGACUUGUUUGGAAUUCCGCCACGGCUUGGAACGUUAUAAACGUCAUUAAGCCAAUUCUACUGUUAACAAUCACAUUAAGCAGUGCAUUUGCGUUUCUAAUUGUGUUCCCCAAAACCACGUUUCAUAAUAAUUCUUCUUCUGUAGUAACAGAAAAACCAAUGGCGGCUCGAAGUUUUGUUCUGUGGUUGCACGGUCUUGGUGAUUCUGGUCCUGCCAAUGAACCUAUCAAAACCUUAUUCACUUCUCCUCAAUUCAGAAGUACCAAAUGGUUUUUUCCUUCUGCUCCUCACGCUCCGGUCACCUGCAACUAUGGUUCUGUAAUGCCUUCAUGGUUUGACAUUCAUGAGAUUCCCGUGACUGCUAAUUCUCCAAACGACGAGAGUAGUUUGCUCAAAGCCGUUCAAAAUGUUCAUGCUACAAUAGACAAGGAAAUAGCUGCUGGCACAAACCCUAACAAUAUAUUUAUCUGUGGGUUCAGUCAAGGAGGUGCCUUGACAUUGGCUAGUGUUCUGUUGUACCCUAAAACUUUAGGUGGAGGUGCUGUUUUCAGUGGUUGGGUUCCGUUUAAUUCAUCUGUUAUAGAACAAAUUACACCUGAAGCUAAGCGGACACCCAUACUAUGGUCCCAUGGGCUGUCUGACAAAACAGUAUUGUUCGAGGCAGGACAAGCAGCCCCUCCUUUCCUUGAAAAAAUUGGUGUUAGUUGCGAGUUUAAGGCUUAUCCUGGUCUUGCCCACUCGAUAAACAAUGAGGAGCUAAAGCAUCUUGAGUCUUGGAUCAAAGCACGCCUACAGAGUUCCUCCUAAUUUUCAAUCUGUAUCUCUUACAUUGCAACUCAAUAAUUUGAAUAUAUGCUUGUACUUGUUGUACUUCCGCUGACCUCUGUGUAUGACUUUCUCUAUUUUCACUUUGUUGUUCACAAUAUUUAAUAGGAUUGAAAUUCUUGAUCUCAUAUCAUUGUGGGAAAAAAAUAUACACCUCCUUUUCUUUUUCU